CGUUGCCAGGAUACACCACAGACGGUACGGUAGGACUCAGUAGCUACCUGCUAGCUCCAGUUAGACGCAGACAAACGCGUUCACACUGAACUCCGACUGAUACAUGAAAAACAAAGGUAGUUUAUCUCUGUAGGCCUUUUAUCCGUUAAACCGUGUGUUUAUUGUCUUGGACGGUUUAAAACCUCCCGUAGUUCGGUUUAUUGUUAGUUGUCUGAUGCUAGGUGGCUAAUGCGAGACGGUAGACGGGCAUUACAGCUGUGUUGUUUAUAAACUUGGUUGUUGGUAAACUGUUAUAUCGAUAUUAAAGCGCAUCUAAACGCUAGAUAAAUGUGUGUAACCAUAUUUGGGUUCACACGAUAAUGUGUUAGCGUCCUAUGGAGCGGGCUGACCGGGGGAAAGACACUAGACUGCUGAAAAACCAACCGUACGACGAGAGCCUGGAGGUGGUCGACUCUGAGGAGGUAGCGAGCGUCUACAGCCCGACUCCCCGCAGCCAGCAUCAGUCAGAGUCCAGGAGGAGCAGGAUGGAGCGAGGCCUGAUGUCGGCCAACAGUGACGAUGAAGACCACAAGCCUCUGAGGGCCAUCGAGCCAACUGGCGGGCAGCCUGGGGCCAGUCCGAACGAGGAAGAUGAGGAAGAAGAAGAGGAGGAGGAGGACUCUGAUGAAGAGGACUCAGACGAUGAUGACGAGCCCGGUGAUGCUCCAGAGGGGGCAUAUGAUCCUGCUGACUACGCCAACCUGCCUGUCAGCACAGAGAUCAAAGAGCUCUUCCAGUACAUCAUACGCUACACCCCUCAGUGUGCAGAGCUGGAGCACAGCCUGAAGCCCUUCAUCCCAGACUUCAUCCCAGCUGUGGGAGACAUUGACGCCUUCCUGAAGGUGCCAAGGCCAGAUGGUAAAGCGGACAGUCUGGGUCUGGUGGUUCUGGACGAACCCAGUGUGAAACAGUCAGACCCCACGGUGCUGUCGCUGUGGCUGUCAGAGGAGACCAAACAGCAUGGAGCCACUGAGUUAAAGAAGGUAACGAGCGUUGCCAGUCCUCAGACCAACCCUCGGGCGGUGGACAGCUGGGUGGAUAGUAUCAGCGCUCUGCACCGCUCCAAACCUCCGGCCAGCGUUCAGUAUGGCCGAGCGAUGCCGGACAUUGACAGCUUGAUGCAGGAGUGGCCAGCUGAGCUGGAGGAGAUGCUGGGCCGCCUACAGCUGCCCCCGGCCCGCCUGCAAUGUAGCCUGGCCGAGUACACCGACAUUAUCAGCGGCCUGCUGGACAUCCCUGUUUACAGCAGCAGGAUCCAGUCUCUGCACCUGCUGUUUAGCCUCUAUCUGGAGUUCAGAGACUCGCAGCACUUCACACGCAGAGCUUAGAGACAGGCUGGAAUAUCUACAUCAGAGUGACACACUUGAGAGGAAAACCUGUAAUCAAUAAUGCAAUGUGUGCAGGAAGAAGUGAAAGCUGACAUUGGAUGUUCCUUAUUUAAAGUCUGUAUUCUGGCUGCUCAUUUAUGUGACACCUCAGACAGCAGCUGUUUAUUGGUCCAGAUACUCUGGGAUCAGAAGUGAGAAAAUGUUACGACAUUCUCUGUUUGAUUCUCCUCUGUUUACUUUAUAUUGUCAAACUUUCAAAUAAAUGUGAA